CUUUUAUUUGUGAUCAUUGUUUCUCUUUCUUUUUAGAAGGUCAGCAGGUGUUUCUGGUACAACUAAGACUACUACUUCAGAAUCGCGCCAAACAAACUCCGCUACAGUAGGUGGCAGUAAAAUAAUUAUUGAUUGAACAUUUCCAUAAAGAAGACCACUAUAUGUUGUAGUUUUUAGCGUGCACCCGUUCUUUCGACAGACGGGACGGAGUUUAAAAUGUAAUUCAAUUUUCAAAUGUCUAGACGUUUAUUAUUCCCAGUAGGCCUAUUACAAAUUAUUUUCUUUCGUUCUUACUUAUGAAUGCCUCGUGCGUUUUAUGCUAGGCAUACAUCAUUAAGAAAAUUGUAUUUUAACAGUAAAAGAUCAACAACAACCAGACUGCCACUGAUAAAUCCGAUUUUACGCCGGCUAGGGAGCCCUUUCAACUUCUGUAUCCAAAACGUGCAGCCGCGUCGACAGCGUGACGCAGAACAACAUAGCGGUGUGUGUGCUGGCUUGUGUGCUUGUCCGAUCUUGUGUCCCUUCCCAGGCAGUACAGCGAGUCAAAGUGGAGGACUAACGUCGAAUAAUUUAACAAGCUAGCUAGUUGGAUAUACAGCUACAAAACCGAAUGGGUUUGUAACGCAAGGAAAGCAAGUCUUCUUAAAUUAUUGACUAUUACAUUUGACAGGCAGUUAUCGCAGGCUAGCUAACGAUAGCACUCCAGCUAUAUUGGAGUUAUUUGCAUGCUGGUCACAGCUUAGUUAAGUCCAGCCUCGCCGACGCUUUUAUUUCUUGCUUAGUUAGCUGACAACAUUUCCUGGUGCUGUUACUAGAACGGUUAUGUUACUUUUAUGAAGGGAUAGUAUCAAUGUGUCUUGCUAGAAACAAUUGAACGGUUGUUAAAACAAAUUAAAACAUUUAAUUCGCGGCAUGAAUCGCUUGCAUCUGAUUGUUUAAUGGGGCUUUUAAGGAUUAUGAUGCCGCCCAAGUUUCAGCUUUUGGCUGUUUUGGCAUUUGGAGUGGCGAUGCUCUUUAUUGAGAACCAAAUUCAAAAUCUGGAAGACUCAAGAGCAAAGCUUGAGCAAACGAUCGCCAGACAUGAGGUGCGGGAGGUGGAGCAGCGGCACACCCAGGAUGGGGGCCGGGAGGCUGCGGUGGCGGGUGCCUCACUGACUGACGCAGACGACGUGGUGAUCAUCUACAACCGGGUGCCCAAGACGGCCAGCACGUCCUUCACCAACAUCGCCUACGACCUGUGCUGGAAGAACCACUUCCACGUGCUGCACAUCAACACCACCAAGAACAACCCCGUCAUGUCUCUGCAGGAUCAGGUGCGGUUUGUGAGGAACGUGACGUCUUGGAGGGAGAUGAAGCCCGGCUUCUACCACGGCCAUGUGGCUUAUCUAGACUUCACCAAAUACGGGGUGAAGGGGAAGCCCAUCUACGUCAACGUGGUUCGCGACCCAAUCGAGCGGCUGGUGUCCUAUUACUACUUCCUGCGUUUCGGUGAUGACUACAGGCCAGGCCUGAGGCGGAGGAAACAAGGGGACAAGAAGACCUUUGACGAGUGUGUGUCGUCGGGAGGCUCGGACUGCGCCCCUGAGAAGCUGUGGCUCCAGAUCCCCUUCUUCUGUGGUCACCACUCUGAGUGCUGGAACGUCGGCAGCAGGUGGGCCCUAGAGCAGGCCAAGUCUAACCUGGUGAAUGAGUACCUGCUGGUCGGGGUGACGGAGGAGCUGGAGGAUUUCAUCAUGAUGCUGGAGGCUGCGCUGCCCCGGUUCUUCAAGGGCGCCACAGAACUCUACCGUACAGGGAAGAAGUCCCACCUGAGGAAGACCACGGAUAAGAAGCCCCCUACCAAGGAGUCCAUCACCAAACUGCAGCAGUCGGAGAUCUGGAAGAUGGAGAACGAGUUCUACGAGUUUGCCCUGGAGCAGUUCCAGUUCGUCCGCGCCCACGGCGUGAGGGAGAAGGACGGCGAGCUCUACCUCCUGGCUCAGAGCUUCUUCUACGAGAAGAUCUACCCCAAAGUGAACUAGACCGGGCUCCAGGGAGGACCUGCCCACCUCUGACUGGGACCUGAGAGACCUGCCGGGAAAGGAUGAUUCUCUGGGGAGGAGAGGAGAGGAGGGGCUGGCUCUGUGAAGCACUGCGACUGUGACUGGGUCGUGUUAGCCACAUCGCUAACAUGCUAACCUUCACAUCCCUGCCCUGUCGAAACGCCUCCUCACUGGGGACUUGUUCAGGGCCGUCUCUAAGGAAAGCACAACCACGGCAACCGCAGAGAACAUUCCUCGUCAUGGAGAUCAUGUGGAGUGAUUGUUUUUUCCCCCCCAGAAUAUUCGGAUUUUAAAAACGUGACCAUGAUUGUGUUUGAUUGUUUAAGCUGCUGAACAAACUGAAAGUUGUUGAUUCUGGAUGUAUCACUGACUCGUGGCAAAGACUGGUUACUUGUUUUUUAAAGGGAAAUAUUUGUCUGGCAUCUUUAGAUUUGUUAAACAGAUGCUGCAGGAAAAUUGUGUACUUUUAUCAGAUUUCUUUUUCUGCAUUGUCUUAUGUAUGAUUUACUGGCUGCAUUCUUAUAAAUCGUUUACAGAGGGGAAAAAAUGACAGAGCUUCACAAAGCAAAUGGAAACAACGUUUUGUACAUAUUGUAUUUACAUUUACAGUGCAUAUUUUGUAUUAAGAUUAUGUAUAUGGACCAAAUGGUUGUGAGGGGAAAUCAAUUUCUUGCACAUUGUGGUGCGUGAACUGUAAAUUAAUUUUCAUUUGUAUCUCUUUGAAAUAAACUUUUUUAGAUACCAAGUUAUAAUUUUCAAAAUAUCACAAAAUAUAUACCAAGCUGUCUCUUUUUGAUAUCUUAGUUUUAUUCCCCAUGCGGUGUUGGAAUGUCGCUAAAACAUUUCUUUUUAUAUCCUUUUUUCUCAUUGAACUGCCAGUUUUCCCUUUUAAAUAAAUUCUUGGCACAAGUGACCAAAACAUUUCAAAUAAAUACUUCACUCAAGUUCUCAGUUAA